AUGGACUGCUAUUAUUUGGGGUUCGAUCUGUCAACCCAGCAGCUAAAAUGCUUGGCCAUUAAUCAGGAUCUGAAGAUCGUUCACUCGGAGACGAUAGUUUUCGAAACGGAAUUGCCCCAAUAUGAGACGACAAAAGGUGUUUAUAUCAAAGGUGAUGUUAUUGAAUGUCCUGUUGCAAUGUGGGUGGAAUCAAUCGAUCUGAUUUUUUACAAGUUCACCAAGAGCGGAUUUGAUUUGAGUAAAGUUAAGGCUAUCUCCGGUUCUUGUCAGCAGCAUGGAUCGGUCUACUGGACUGAGGCCGCAGAUGAAUUGUUGACUGCAUUAGAUCCCAAGGAUGGGUCUCUGGUAGAACAACUGGUUCCGGCAGCUUUUUCUAGGGCGACGGCUCCAAAUUGGCAGGACCACAGUACCGGAAAGCAGUGCAAAGCAUUCGAGGAAAAGGCUGGUGGUCCUCAAGGCUUAGCGAAGAUAACCGGUUCGAGGGCCCAUUUCAGGUUCACGGGUACUCAAAUUCUGAAAAUUGCAGAGGAAGAGCCUGAGUGUUACUCCAAUACCCAGACAAUUUCAUUGGUUUCAAGUUUUGUUGCGUCUCUUUUAAGUGGUAAACUCACUCCAUUAGAAGAAGCUGAUGCGUGCGGUAUGAACCUGUAUGAAAUUCCGAAACGUGAUUUUGACAAGAAUUUAUUGGCUUUGAUUGAUAAGGAUGCCACCAACAUAGAGAAGAAAUUACUGUCACCGGCAAUCAAGUGUGAUGAGCCCGUACGCCUUUCUUCUAUAUCUUCCUAUUUUGUAGAAAAGUACGGCUUUAGCAGUGAUUGUUCUAUUUUCCCUUUCACAGGUGAUAAUUUGGCCACUAUUUGUUCUUUGCCUUUGAAAAAAAAUGAUGUCUUGGUCUCGCUGGGAACAAGUACUACAAUUUUACUGGUUACCGACCAAUACCACCCGUCAGCAGAUUAUCACCUGUUCAUCCAUCCGACUAUCUCCAGUUAUUACAUGGGUAUGAUUUGCUACUGUAAUGGAUCCUUAGCGAGAGAGGAGAUUCGUAACGAGCUAAAUGGUGAAACGACAAGUCAUGACUGGACUAAAUUUAAUGAUGCAGUGUCUGAUCACAAAUUACCCAGUGACGAUGAAAUCGGUGUCUAUUUUCCGUUGGGAGAAAUCGUCCCCAGCGUCAAUGCAGUUUGUAAAAGAGCCAAAUUCGAUUUGGAGACGGGGAACAUCAAAGAGUUUGUAGAUGCAUUCGCUGACAAGAGGCAUGAUGCUAAAAACAUUGUUGAAUCGCAAGCAUUAAGCUGUCGCGUUCGUAUAUCUCCCUUGAUAACGUCUGAAGUGGAACCAUUGAAUACAAAAAAUGCAGAUGUCAAAGUCAGAUUCGACUAUGAUGAUAUCCCGUUGAAGGAGUAUUUUAGCAAGAGACCUAAUAAAGCAUUUUUUGUUGGUGGUGCAUCCAAAAACGAUGACAUUGUCAAGAAAUUUGCCCAAGUUAUCGGUGCCACAGAGGGAAAUUACCGACUAGAAACUCCCAACUCAUGUGCUCUAGGUGGGUGCUACAAGGCAGCAUGGUCAGAUUUGUACUAUACGAAACAGACCCAAUUACGCUAUGAUCAAUUUUUGAAUGAAAAAUUUGCGUGGGAUGAUCUAGAGUAUGUUUGUGAUGCUGACAACGACGCAUGGCAACAGUACAAUAAUAAGAUUCUUCCACUAAGUCAAUUGGAGGCUACAUUAUGA